ACAAAUCACAACACAAACCUUCCAUUGACCAUAACGUCUUCAUUCAAAGCUAGCUGCAUCACAUGAACACAAUGGCUCACUCAAUCACCAUGAUCAUCGUCUUCAUAUCUAUCCUAGCUCUAAACAAUGCAUCCAACCUCUACCCUCAGUUCUACGACCACUCCUGCCCACAGGCUAAAGACAUCGUUAGGUCUGUUGUGACAAAAGCUGUCGCAAAAGAGGCUCGCAUGGCUGCUUCAUUGCUCAGACUCCAUUUCCAUGACUGUUUCGUAAAGGGUUGUGAUGGUUCAAUACUUCUAGACAAUAGUGGAAGCAUCAUUAGCGAGAAGGGGUCCGUUCCUAACCGAAACUCAGCUCGCGGGUUCGAAGUUGUUGACCAAAUCAAAGCUGCAUUGGAGAAGGCUUGCCCUCAGACUGUCUCCUGUGCGGACGCCUUGGCUUUGGCAGCAAGAGACUCGACUGUUCUGGCUGGUGGACCUAGUUGGGAAGUGCCAUUGGGAAGAAGGGAUUCAUUAGGUGCAAGCUUGAGUGGUUCUAACCAAAAUAUCCCAGCUCCAAACAAUACCUUUCAGACCAUUCUCACCAAGUUUAAGCUCAAGGGUCUUGACAUUGUUGAUUUCGUUACUCUAUCUGGAAGUCACACAAUCGGAAACGCUAGGUGCACUAGUUUCAGGCAAAGGUUAUACAACAACUCCGGCAAUGGGCAGCCGGAUUUAUCGUUAGACCAAUCUUAUGCUGCAAAACUGCGUCAGAACUGCCCGAGAUCCGGCGGCGAUCAGAACCUGUUUUUCUUGGAUCCUGUGUCACCGACGAAGUUCGAUAACAGUUACUACAAGAACUUGAUAGCUUCGAAGGGGCUUCUAAGCUCUGAUGAGAUAUUGUUUACUCAGAACCAGCAAACGAUGCAGUAUGUGAAGCAGUAUGCGGCAAAUCAAGAGCUUUUCUUCCAGCAGUUUGCCAAGUCGAUGGUUAAAAUGGGAAACAUCACUCCGUUGACCGGUAAGAGUGGUGAAGUCAGGAAGAUUUGCAGGAAAGUCAACAGUUGAUUCUAUCUCCUUUUGUAGACGAUUUUAUUAAUGUAUCUCAUUUUGUGUGAUAAGUUGUAUUUUAUAUCUUGCAAUAUGUACCCUGCAAUAUGGCAAUCCUAUUUGGGAUAACAGAAUCUCUUGUUUUAUAU